GUGGGGGCGUUCCCUGUUUUUCCAGGACGCAAGAUGGCGCUGCCCUUUGCACGUUCGCUGUGCCUGUGCCGCUGGGGCGCCAAACGAUUAGGGGUUGCUGCCGUAGAAGCUCGCAGAGGAGUCAGUUUCAAACUGGAAGAGAAAACCGCCCACAGCAGCCUGACACUCUUCAAAGAUGGAACAGGUGUCAAAUACGGCCUGGUGGGAUUGGAGCCCACCAAAUUGGCCCUGAAUGUAGAGCGCUUCCGGGAGUGGGCAGUGGUGCUGGCAGACACAGCAGUCAGCAGUGGCAGGCACUACUGGGAGGUGACAGUGAAGCGCUCCCAGCAAUUCCGGGUGGGAGUGGCAGAUGUGGACAUCUCUCGGGAUAGCUGCAUCGGUGCUGACGAUCGUUCCUGGGUGUUCGCCUAUGCCCAGCGCAGGUGGCAUACCAUGUUGGCCAACGAGAAAGCCCCUAUUGAGGGCAUCGGGCAGCCAGAGAAGGUGGGACUGCUGCUGGAGUAUGAAGCCCAGAAGCUGAGUUUGGUGGACGUGAGCCGGAUUGCUGUGGUCCACACGCUAAAGACAGAUUUUAAGGGUCCAGUGGUGCCUGCGUUUGCCCUUUGGGAUGGAGAAUUGCUGACCCACACAGGGCUUGAGGUGCCUGCAGGCCUCUAGAACGUCCGUCACUGGAGUCCCUAAUCACGCCCUUGGCCAGCCUCCUCCUGAAAGUGUCUGAAACCUUUUAACUUUGCCUCACGCGGCCUCUAGCUCCCACAAUUUGGUGUUGCAUCCUCCGUGCAAUAUCUUAGUCACUUUCCUCUCCUCUACCUAUGGAAGCUAGGCUACUGCCAAUUUUCCUAGGCUACCAUGAAUGUAUUUUUUCUGAUUUGCUUCCUUCAGUCCCUCUGCCUCCCUGUGCCCAGGCUUUCUCAGACUAUAUUCAGUCCUGGGGACUUAACUUGCAGCUUUGUUUGAAUUUAUUCAUCACUAACACUUCUCUCUCCCUUUGCCCACGUGUAACUUCUGAUCUUGGGGCUCUAUGGAAUCUCUCCACAGUAAGUCCAUUCUACCUCUGGCCGGAGUGGUGCAUCAAUGACUUGGCCCUUUCUCUAAAGCACAUCGAGUCUGGGCUCUGGGUCUCUCAGGAAAUGUUUACUGGCUGUGUUAGAGUAAGAAUAGAGCCCUCCUUCCCCAGUACCUCAAAGCUAGACUCUCAGUCCCACACAGCUGCAGCUGUCCGUGAGUCCAUCCGCCUUAAUCUGCACACCUCUGAUACCUGGUCAAUCCAUUGUAAUCAUUGCUUAUAUGUGCUGCUGAAGUGAGCACUCACUGUAAUCACUGGGCCAGUUACAACCAUGAUUAAGGUGAGACACUUGCGGAAUACUGAAGGGAUUAGUGCUGCAAACUUUAUUCUUGAGAAGGUCUUCCUUCAUUUCUGCUACAGUUGGAACUUCCAGAGGGAGAGAGACCUUGCACAAUCCGUUUUUGGGCCCACUCAGACCCAAGCCCCCACUCUCCUACCCCCACCUUGGCAGCAGAAUACACCUAAGCUAAAGCAGUAUUAGGGCUUGAAGAAAACCCGGUGGGGUGAGUAUGUAUGUGAAAUAUGUAUUUUUCUGCCUGACCCUGUGGUUCCAUCGUACACCUUUAUAAUGGUGAUGCACCUGAAUGCCUCUAAGGGAGAAAGAGAAGGACUGGAUUUAGCAAAAAUAAUCAUUUGUGUAAUUAAAGUUUAUUUGAGCAUAAAA